AUGUCGACUUCGCAGUUUGUCCGUCCCAGUUACAAGGAAGCCGUGUGGGUGGAGGGUGGUCCAUUCAGCUCUCAGCUUGCGGAAGUCCGCGGCAGCGUCUGCCCGAAGAACACCAAAAGUGCGCUGCAUGUCCAUUGGAUCAGCCGGGCGAAGAGCGUUCCGGGGAUGGACGGUGAUGACUGGCGCUUCAUGGAGCUAGCAGCACAGAGGAACCGGUCGAGGCCCUUCACGGUGGCGCAGGCUCUCCUGGGCGUUCUGGCAUGCAUCGCCGAAGCUUUUGGCAUGUCCCAUGUCGAGUUGGGGGCGGAGGACCAGGGCUCCUGCCGGCUCAUCCAGUACUACAAGGACCUGGGAUUCCAGAGCACCUCUGCGCACACCAUGUUUGGCGAACUUAGCAUGGAUGCGCCGUUGGGCCGCAUCGUGUCUCUGGCCCCUGCGUCGUGGCUCCAAGCCCUGCCACUGACAGGAUGGAAUGCAUGGGGCUGGCUUUGGGGGGGCUCUCAGCGCCCUGACCUCAACUGCAUCCUGGGCCUCAUGGGCGCCCCGGAGAAGUGGGACUGGAACAUUGCCUGGCCUUCGGGCUGCCAAGUCGAGCUGCGCGCUGUGGGCUCCUCCCACGACGCUACACCAAAGGUGACUGUCUCCGCCCACCUCCGCUCCUUCCGUGCUGAGCUCGUGUACUGCCGGGCAGUGGUGCGGCUGACCCAGAGCAGCGCCCGGGUGAUCUGGCUUGGCCGCAGUGGCUCCAAGCCUGCAGAUGAGGCGGUGCGUGGCCGUCUUCUGGAUGGGACCGCCAAAGCAGCGUCCGACGGAAAGCCCACGCUCGCUAUGGCCUUGUUGGGCGCUGUGGCUUCCCUCGCUCGCUGGUUCGGAACGUCUACCUUGGAACUGACUCCAGUGGACGACGGUUCCGGCAAGCUGCCUCAAUAUCUGUGCAACUUUGGUUUCCGGCCCUUGUCAGAGGCUCAAGGCGGCGACAGCCUUCGUGGAAGCUGCAAGGACUUGGCCGCACUCUGCCCUCAGGCAUGGCGAACACAUCUACCUCCAGAUUCGCAGCUCAGCAUGCUGACAAAGCUGUACGAAGGGCAUCCCUGA